ACGGCCAAUCAGAAACGAGUAAAAAGGGGGCGUGGAUAGCGAUAAAACCAUAACAAAAAUUUGACGUGAGACGUGAUUAAUUUUUGAAUGUGAUAUUUGCCAAAGAAUUUGUUGUUCUUCCCGAUAUUUUGGUGACAAUGAUUGAGUUGACAGCAAGAUUGUUACGCGGACCUGUGUACCUUGCAGGAGAGAUGGUGGAAUGCAGUGUGACCUUCCGAAAUCCAUCACCUCCUGAAAAUACUCGUUCACAGAGCAACAAUGACGUUUUUGAAAAUCUUGCGUGGGCGAGCGUGCAGAUGCACUGCAUUUGUGCUGUAAAUGAGUCCCGAGUUUCUGGUAGCCAAGAAGGAAGCUCCGUCGAAGAGGCAGCAAACAGUUUGUCUCACACGUCCUACGUUCCUUGCAAAGGCGAGAAUGGCCAAAUUGUACUUGCUACAAAACCAAAAAUACUCUUUUGCGACCUUCGACUAUCUUCGGGAGAGAGCAAGACCUUUUUGUACACUGAGACUCUACCAAGUGAGGCACCACCAUCAUUUCGAGGCCAGGCUGUCAAAUAUUCAUAUAAGCUUACGGUUGGCGUCCAGAGAGUGAACCUACCAAUUAAAAUGUUGAGGGUUCCCCUGAGAGUUCUCGUUAUCCAAGGAAUAACAGAAACAUUUUUGUACGGAGAAAAUGAUGAGCUUACCCCAAACAAUCCUUUUUUGGAACACCAGCAAAAAGAGUCAGCCACAGAUCUUGCGUUGCAAGAAUUGCAGAACAUAACAGCUAGACGAAGUCCAAAUUUCUACAACAUAACCAAUAGCCGUGGCAAAGUUGUGCGAUUUUGCUUGUUUAAACAGGCAUACAAAUUAGGAGAGGACAUUGUUGGCACCUUUGACUUUGUAGACGCAGCCGUUCCUUGUGUUCAAUUGUCCGUGGCCCUUCAGAGCGAAGAAGAGAUAGAGGAGGGAAGACGGCACCAUCCAAACCAGGCGCCUGCAGUUUCCAUCUCGAGCAAGGCCCACGAAGUGUGUCUCGGUCUUCAGAAUUCCCACCUGUGCCUGCCCAUUCCCCUGCACCUGGCGCCAACCUUCAGCACCAAUCUUGUCUCACUCAAGUGGAAAUUGCAUUUCGAGUUUGUUAUCAGUGUCGAACCAGAGGCCGAUCUGAAAGUGAUACCAGACGACGGGGGCACUUGGCAGGGGCCUGCGAAUCUGCCCAUUGAAACAAUGGUGUGGGACCUUCCAGUAACAAUUUACCCUUCCAACCCACAGCUCGUGUCUCAGGGCAUCCGAGCCCAGACAAAGCACGAAAUGGUUUUCUAAAGAAUUAAUUAGUAAAUUACUCUCAAUGAAGGCAAGAGAAUUGGAAUAUUUAUAUUGAUCUUAAAAUUUUCUUUAAUAAUUAAAAUAUUAACCUGAAUUUUGCUAAAAAUGCCCAUUUUGAACUUUAUCUGCUGCUUAUAUUACUUAUGGAGAAAAUUCCUAAUGAAUUUUAUUAUUGUUGUGUAAUAAUGAGUUUUAAUUAAAUAUAUUUUUUAUUAUAUAAGAA